AUGCUCAUGAUGAAGCUAAGGCUCUCGCAGACUUUGGGCCUUUUAGGCACCGUGGCUGUUGUCGCUGCGGCAUUUCUCCCUCUCUCCCUUUCCACAAAAACUACAACUUUCGUGGCUGUGCGCCAAGUGCUGCCGUCCCAGGCCAUUUUACCCGAAGACGUCAGAGUGACUACUCGGAGUGACGGUCUCUUCUUUGAGGAUGCAGAGAUAACAGGAAGAGUCCCAGAUGGCACAGCUGUCCUUGACGUUGGAGAGGCAGCUGGUGCUGAUCGCCUCCGGCUGUACGUUGUGAACUACGAGAAAGGAGACCUUUUGGAGAGUGUGUUCACCGAUUCCGGUCUUUCCGUCUUCUGCGACGGUCGUUCCUAUCGCCGGUGCUUCACACGGCCGAACGAGACCGCCGUGGAAUAUCUUCGCCACUCGACCGUCAUAACAGCUGAAAGUGGCACUCAGCUCAUCUAUUUGUCCUACCCUAGUGGGGGUAGUAUCCUCAAAAGACACUCUGAGGUCAAACUACUGGCCUCCUCCUACGCCCACGGCCAGUUCAAGGGGGAAGUAGACAUGACUGUGUUGAAGUGCACACCGUUUGGAAGGGUGGAUUUCCCGAGUCAAUUUGAUCCUUCGUCCAACUCCAUUGUAACUCAGAGUGAAGGGGACCUCCAAUUUUGCGAGGUUACGCCACCUCUUGUUAUGGGGAAGCAAGCGGUGGCAAUCACCGUGGAGGCAAAGCUAACAGGGCAGCCUGCAACUUGCGACUUAUUAAAAGACAACCAGGAUCCGCUCUUCUCCGUGAAACGCUUUGACCCCGUAAUAGGAAGCUUCAGGGGAGAAAAUGUCUUUUCGUAUGCCUUUAUUGGGGGCAGCAAGGCUUUUGUUCCAGUUAAGGUCCAGACCUUCGCUGAAAGUGAAUUGGGAGCCCCCUGCUCCUCAAGAAAUUUCAUGCUCCCAUACCAGCGCAACUACAUGCUUCACACUGAAGUAGAGCAUGGAACUCCCCUUGCGUGCCACACACUCGCGCUUUCUCCUCUCAAAGGCGUUGCGAGGGAGGCACUGGUAAUGAAAAUUCACGGUAGCAACUUGUGGAUGGAAGUCCCAGCUGGAACUGUUCUUGCGCUUGCUGAAGAAAGCAGUACCCAAAUGAUAUUUAAACUUUUCAGUUAUCAACCAACCUUCUCUACACCUUUCGAUCUUCACGUAAAAGAGAUCCGUGCCAUGGCUGAUGAUACCGAGCUCGGUCCAGCCGUGAUCUCCAUCGCCGAGUCUUCAAACGGAGCAGGCGCAGCCGUGCUAUAUCAGCAGAUCGAUGACAAGAUGGUUUCCAUUGGCUAUCUGCAGGAUGGCAUCUUUGCUGGGGGCCCUAAUUUGACUUUCUACACGCCAGACGCACUAAACGACGAAAAAAUAUUGGAAUACAGGGUGCAGCAAAUGCAGAGAGGAUCAUCUAUUUUGCUUGGCGACCUCUCCGAAUACAACACAGCUCCGCAUGGAAUACCAGCCAUAGUAGAAGGACAGGGUGUUGACGAGGCCCUGUUCGAAAUAAACCAAAAAAUAGGCAGUGGGCAACACUCUGUGGUGCUUACACUUCCACUAAACAUGCUGGAUUCUCCCACAAGUAAAGGACUGCUUCUGCAAUUGCGAAUUGGUGUGGCUUUGAUGGUGGAAGACACCACGGCUCUCUACCGGCCCCUGUCCAACCGCAUAACUUUUCUCGGGACAGCUGUCCACACUCUUCACAAGAUCCUUGGAAGCGGCCAUUGCAGCAGCUGCCUAGAGGGAAAAGGCGGAUGCAGUUUUUGCAGAGCAGUGAUGUUCAGGGAUUUUGUAUACGUAAAGAUCCAAGGGCUGGGAAUUAAUAGUGAGACGAUGCCCGACUCUCAUUCUUGGGCUGAAUUCAGGGGGCAAGAUUUCCUUGCUUUCGUGACCGGGGAUUCGUCCAACAGAAAGCAUGCUUCUCAGCUGAAGAAUUACGCGACUACCUGCCUGAAUGCGCAUAUCAUCGGCAUGGCACUGAAAGAAAGAAGCAACUCUUCAUAUUGCCCUGGAAUGGACUCCUACCUCAGGAGCAUCGUAGAGAGAACUCCAGUGGCAGAUUUCGCCUCCCUGAUGAACACCGCGGAGUUCAGAGAUGUUGUUCUUGAGGGUUGCAAUGUUCGAGUGGAAGACGCCGUCACAUCGUGCGCUGAGGGGGACGGCGAAAUGCAUGCUUUGCGGCGACUACCUGAGAUCAAACAAGUUGGUCGAAGUGCCAUUUACGAAUACCUGCGCUCCCUCCUCUUUCCAGUUCUCACGGCAAGCAUUGAAGAUGAGCUUGCGACAGCAGAUUUGAGCGACAAACCCUCUGUUCUCUCAGCGGCCCCAAAUCUACGCGAGCUUCUGAAUUCCCUUCUAGGCGUGUCGAGGGGAAACGGGGAUCGCCCUGUUGCAGAUUUUCUAUUCCGCGAUGAGGCCAGGGAUCAAGCGGCUGCUGCUAAUUCCGGGAUUGAUGCGGCUGUCGCUGCCAAGGGUCACAAGCCUUCCUCAGGCUCAGCAUUUUACGCCGGCCUUUGGUACCAGACCAAAUGGGGUUUAACAUUGCUUGAAAAUAUUUUGAAAGGCCCAGGGACAAGCAGUCAGAAAGACGACAGAGACGCCGAAAUCUUACAAAAGGUGCGGGAAUACGCUAAAAGGUUAUUACAAGAGCCAGAAAAGUAUUCACUUAUUGUAACAGCACUGUCGUGGCCAGCAAACAAGUUGCCGGAAACUGUUGUGGAGGCCAAACAAUUUGUUGGAGCAGCAACGAUUCCGGAGAGACACGUUGCUGAGGGAGCGUUGCCUUUUACCAAACGAAUCAGCUACAACAUGCCGGAUAUCUAUGGUCGGGUCUGCAAAAGGCUCGGAUGGGCCUCCACCCGGCUGCCUAACAGCGCCGAGGAAGCAGAAGCCUUUGCUUUGACAUUGCGCGCCAAUUGCCUGUGUGUACGGUCAUCUGCGCUUGACCGAUGCUACAUCGACGCACUAAAGUCGACAGAAGAUCUCAUCUUCAGAUUGUCGCUUCUCUUCCCUUCUGCCAUUGCUGAGCACGUCAAUCGAAAUACCAGAACUCUGACAACAGAAGCAGCAGCCCUCUGCACCUCAGUGGGCAUCUUUGUUACGGCGUGGCAGCAGCAGCAAGUAGAGGCUGGAUUCGAGCAUGCGAAUGGCCGCCUUGCCCAUUCCAUGCUCAUAGAGAGGCUGAAAAACGCUGGAGACUACACUCUCACUAGUAUUGACGAAAACGGUGUAGAGGAUGCAGCGGCGUACAACAGGAAGAGAAAGGAACUAAAUAAACACUUCUCUGGUCGACCGAUGAAGACGUGUCUAAGCCUGAUCAAUGCUGGAGGAAAGGUGGCUUACGCGCCCUCUGGCAGAAAAGGCGGAAAAAGAGCAGCUCGCUCUCUUUACGGAGGGAUAGUAAACACUUUAGGAGUCAGCGCACUCAAUGUGAACCACUUAGUGCAGCAAAUCCUUGACCUAGGUGUCGACAAGCCACGCCGCUCUCGCCCUCCUCACCCUUUAACGGCUGUUUUUGCUGCGCUUCGGAUCAGCAAUAGAUUCAAGAACUGCUUUGGUAAUUCAAAAGAAAUGACACUCCGUUCUUGGUACCUGAUGCAUCUGGAGGGAGACAACAUUUUGGGCCGAGUUAAUAGCCACAGGCUUGGGGAGGAGCUUGCAUCUGCCACCUACAGUUUCGCUACAGGCCCAGCCGCUGAUAUUUUUGAUAGAGUUUUCAAGACUCUGAUGGCAACUGUUACUACCCAGUGGGAAGACGCCAACGCAUUUAAAAGCUUGAAAGAGUACUCCCCAGCUAGUGGGGCCCUGAGGAUACCAGAAGUUGCACCUGAAGACUUCGAAACUUCUGCAGACAACUGGGGAACGACGACGCUACAAUACUCACCAAGGCUCCUCAGCCAAGCAUCGACAUCCUCUACUGAUUGA